GAGAGAGAGAGAGAGAGAGUGAGAGAGACGCUGCUGUCAUAGCUGAAAUUGUGAAAGUUUUCAACUCAUGAUGGACUUGGUGAACGAGCGUUGUUUCAACGGCGAGUUGACGAAGCAUCUGGCCAGAUUAUAUCACGGUAUCUAUGUGUACGUGUCGGUGUUUGCAGUCGCCUUUGGCAUACUCCUCUAUGGGAUCCGACAACGCAUUUACCGAUUGCCCGUGAGCUGGGACAGAAUCGCUUGGCUCUAUGCACUGGCCAGUCUGGUGGCCCUGAUGUUGUCCUUGGCAUGCUACUAUAGCUUUUUGGCCUGUCGCAAUCUGGCCACCCAGCAUCGUAUCCAAUGUCUGAUGAAAACACGCUCAGCGAUUCUCAACAAUUUUCAACAAAUGCAACAAAUGAAAGCAGAUCAGAAGCAGCAACAAUUUGAGCUGGAAUCAACUGAAUGGUUUCAAUAGUUUCAUUUCCGAUUUUAAUUAGCUUAACUAUAGUUGAUUAUGAAGAUGCUGAUGAUGAUAAUAAUACAUAAUAAUGAUGAUGUGAUAUGAGGGAAUAUGCAAAUCGUUUAAUCAAAAUGUAAAUGCAAAUACAAAAAUUAAAAUG